AUGUCAUACGACACGAGGGUCCGUGACGCUAUCGAUCUACAUCUAAAGUGCGAAAGACGUGAUUUCCAGCCGGCGCCUUCCUUUAAAUCUUCAGGAUAUGGCGAAAAAGAGCGAACAGCGACUAUGAAGUUCCAUAUUACUUUUUAUGAAAUCUAUACGCAGGAGUUGGAAACAAAGCAAGACAUUUGGAAGAUUGGAGAAUUGUACAAUGAUCCAGAAAAGCGACGGUUCAGGGAAUGCUCAUGUACACUCCUAGCAAUUGGAAACCCUGCUCCUCUUGAUAUUCAUUCAUGGCCAGAUUCCCUGUCAAGUCCCGAAUACUGGACUAUUCUCUACCUGACGCCAGAAGGAUUUGGAAAACCAAUUGGAGCUACUGGGCAUAUGGAUCUUGCAGUGCUCAGUCUCGUUACUAACAUGCUCAUGAAGGUCACUGACAGGUGGGCCGAUUUGGUCGAUUUCUUGCGUACACUUUUAGAAAGUAGUAGUCUCUUUCUGGAUCCAGUACGCCAUGAUAAUCUUCUCUUCGAUAAUGAAGACUUUACUAGAUCCAGAGAGCAAUUCUGGGCGAUCAAUUGCCUAGCAGAAUUUGAGAGCAGUAUUUUUGCCAAUAUCGAGCAAUGGGAGGAGUUCCGACGCUACCUCACGCGGCUGGAGCCCUCGAACAAAAAGACUACCAGUCCCUUACGUGACCCAGAUGACGAGCUACUUGAAGAGCUACUUGGGAGAUCAGACGGCUACUGCACUCGCCUCAAAAGAUACCAUAGCUUCUUCCAGACCAAACGCGCAGCAACUAUUACAUUAAGAGACGGGGUCAGCAAAGAGUUCCGUUGCAUCACUGGGACUGCUGACGCAUAUGAAUCGAGAGAAAUACCGCGCAGCGACUGCCAACUGUUGGACGGAGCCAAUCUCGGCGUCAGUGCAGCCGAUUCCCAGUGGUCGUUUACCCGCUGUCAAUGGGCGCGCUGGGCUUGCAAACAGGAAUCAGCCUCCUGCCAGGACAAAACAGUCGGCGUGCUAUUGGAAGUGGCGAUACUGGAUCGGCGCCGACAUUAG